CUCAACGCCCUGGUACUUGCAUUGCUUAUGAAGUAUGCUGAUGAAAAACUGAAAGAGAAAACAGAAAAAAAACAUCAAGAAAAGGAAAAUGACUGUUCUUUAGUAAGAGAACAUGAAAAGGUUGAUGAUAUGGUUUUCGAUGAAGACUCAACCGCUAUCAAACUUCAAACCACUCAAGCUGCAAGUAAUUCAAAAUUAAACAUUUUCAGUUCUUUAAAGAGUCAGAUCAUUCUGUUCUGUCAAUAUCCGCGAUUUGGAGCUUUAUUAAUUGCAAAUGUAUUUCUAUCUAUAGGAUAUGCAGGAUUUUUAGUCCACAUGGUAGCCAAUGCAACGUAUAUUGGUUUAUCGGACUCUCAGUCAACAUUGAUAGCGUCCAUCUACGGAUUCGGCAACAUCAUUGGCCGACUUACUCACGCUGUGCCAAUUCAACUCAAUUGGAUAUCAACGUAUAAAUUAUUUUGGAUGUCGUCUUUAAUAGAUAGUAUUGCAAUGUUGAUUUACCCAUUUUGCUCAUCCAUUAUAUUACUGUUCAUUUUAACUGGCAUUAUUGCGUAUAAUGUUGGUAUCCACGUUCCCUUGCUUCCGGUUGUGGUGCGCAUAUUUCUUGGGGACAAAUAUUUUCAUGAAGGAUUCGGAAUUCUGCAGGUGCCCGGGGGACUGGGCAGCCUGAUUGGUGGAUUUGCUGCAGGAUGGAUAUAUGACCUAACAAGUAGCUACCGGGAUGCAUUCUUUUUCAUGGCGGCAUCUUAUUUGAUUGUGCCUCUGAUUUUCUUGGCUGUUGAACUAUUUUUAGGGAGGACAAGUAAAAAUGCUAAAAUGUAUAAUGCAGUCCAGCUGACCCCAGUAACCGUGCAACAGAAAACCAUAUAUGAGGUUAAAGGUCAUAGCAUAUGAGUAUGGAAAGAGAGGAGAACAUAUGGCAGUUUAAAGUAAACCAUGGAAGUUGCAUUGUCAUAAUGGAAAUGCACCUGCCAUGUCCGUACUAACAUUGCAUCCAUGAAACAGAAGUCUGCCUGCAAUACAGACAACAAGGCUUCAGAGGAAAAACAUUUUUUAAAUAUGUUGUACAACUGAUUUCAAAGACACAAAAAUGGUAUUUGACUAAAAACUUGUGUGAACAGUUAAUGAUACAGAUUUUGGAAUAUUUAAAAACUGGGGGUGGGGAAGGGUGGUUACACUCCUUUUCCUUCCAGCCAGUUGAGAAACAAAUCAAACAUGUUUUUUCCUCCAGUGCCUGGCUUCAACUUAAUACUGACUAAGUGUUUGCACUUCCUUUUGAUCCCAAAGAAAUUAGCUUAAAAUUGUUUUAAUCUUUUUUUUUUUAAAUGUGAUGUUGUACUGUACAACUGCAUUUUAAAAGGCACAAAAUGUGUGUUUGACAAAAAACUUGUGAACAGUUUUGAGAUAUGUAUAUAUAUAUUGGUAUCUUUAUUCACAGUAAAAUCAUAUAUACAUAAAAUAAUACAUUGCAGUUGAGAAACUGAAUUGUGAAAUUAUGUUUUUAAAAUGCUUAAUUAUUAAUAUAAAAAUUACAGAUAUAAAAUUAAUUACUUUCACAAGAUUAAUACAUCAAAAAGUAAUAAACUGAGUUCAAUUAACAUAAAAAAUAGGCCUACAAAAUCACAUCAAAGGUUAGAAAUUACGUAAAACAGACAAAUCAGGAAACAAGAAACAAAGAAAAUGAGACAAUUGGCACCAAGGAGAUACAGAUUUUUGAGUAUUCAGUGGAAAAAUGUGUGCUUACACCCCUUUUUUCCCAGAUAUUUUUUACAACAUAUCAACAUUAUUUUUCUCUGGAGCCUGGCUUCAACUUCUUACUGAAUAGGAACGUUUACAAGUUAAUUGUAAUCCCAAAAAAAUUAGCUUUUAAUUUGUUUAAAUCUUUUUCUUAAAAAAUUUUUUUUUCUCAAAUAUUGCAACCUUUUAAGCUAUGACACGAUAACAACACAACGACAUAAUGAAAAUGCGCUCAGUGUUAGAGAAUUUAAACGACGCGAUGAUAUAUCGUCAUCGUAUAGUUAUCGUGUCUAGUGUAAAUGCAGCUUUAGAUUGCUUAAUAACCAGUCGUGAUAAUAUUUUACAUGAUGCGUGAGCCUAUUAUCUAAUGAGUGAAUGAAAUAAAUAUGAAUAAUUGGAUAGAGGAUCUUCAAAUUAAGACAAACCUUAUACAUUAUGCUAUAUUUAAGAAAAAAAUUUAAUUAGAGAAAUUACUUAUUAGACAAAUUGGAUUUUAAACUCUGCUCAAGUUCAAGUUUCUCUAUUGUCAUGUAAAAGGUUUACAUGAAAUUCUUUUUUCAAGGUUUAAUAUACACAUAAAUAACUUUAAAAUAAAAUUAAGUUAAAUGGUGUUAAAAAAUACAUAACGUACAGUGCAUAAACAUUAGAAUCUUACUUAUAUGCAGUUACAUACUGGUGGAUUGCGAAUAUUCAGUGGUGGAUCUUAAGAUGUCUGGAAGGGGAAGGGGAAGGGGCCCCGAUCAAGAGACAAAACUACUCCUGGGAGUCCCGGGGACCCGCCCGGAAGAUUUUUCUAGACAGACACCGGAAAUAUCCCAUGAGGCAUUUUGGGUGAUCAAUAAUUUGUUUUCCUUUAUUUUAUUUCCUUUCUGAAGGUGUGGUGGUGGGGGCGGGGAGCCAUGUUCCCCCCCCCCAUGACUAUCACAUAUGGCUUGCAUUGUUUAGUCAGAUUGCAGAAGGGAGAAAUUAGUUCUUAUUUUAAUUUGCUUUAGCAAUCUUAGCAGAGUAUCUAGAUUAAAGAUGGUGUGAAGAUGAUGAAGUUGAAUGUACGGUACUCUUCGCAAUAUAAAUCUGAAGGAAUAUCAAAUACUUGUUAUUUAUUACCUGUAGUUUUUUUUCUUUUAAAUAUAAAAUAAGAUUAGAAGAUUUGUAUGAACUUGAACAUACUUUUCAAAAUUUGAACAAUGUUUACAAAUUUUAUACACAUCAAAUUUUAAUAAGCAAAUAUUUAUAUUUAUAUUGUAAAUUGUUAUAAAAAUAGCAUGAGAAAUACAAAAUUAAACAUGUUAACAUUUUACAGUAGGUUAAGAUCUGUUUUACAGAAUUUCAUUAAUUUUUAUUUUUAGUUACUCUUGAUUUUGACUGGCAGGUAGUGUAGUUCUUAAUUUUGUACCAAAAGCUUUUUGGACCUUCCGGAGUGUCAAUCGAACUUAACAAUUGACCAAUCAAAACAGGUCUCUCACAAGCAGACGUGCUAUCCUACAAACGCACAUGUUUGCGUAUGCUUUUAAUUACGCAGUCGUUUUGUGGGACCUUAGCAACAAUAUCUAAGGGGCGGGGUUUAGGGGAAAGGUCCAUUAAUGGACCUUUCCGCUAAGCCCUGCCCAUUGGAUAUUGUUGCUAAGGUCCCACAAGACGACAAUGUUAAAACAUACGCAAACACGUGCGUUUGUGGGACAACACGUGUGUUUGUAAGACGCGCGCGUAUUCCUAGCGUUGUUCUGAUUAGUCAGUUGAUAAGUUUGAUUGACACUCCGGAAAGGUCUAUUGUAAAGUGUCUACCAGCCUCAUAUUGAUUUUUUUUUUAAUGUUUCGAUUUUUGCUUUGUAGUGUUUUACUUCUUAAGAACUGAUUGAAAGGCUGUUAAUAUUGUGUGGAGAACCAACAGAAAAAACUGUGAUAGGUAUUACUGUGUAAUUACAGAAACAUACAGACGGUAGCUUGCGUCGUCCCAUAAUACCUGCGUAUGCGUAUCAUUUGUUUAUGCUCAAAACUAGCAGGUGCUCUAUAUUUUUUGUCAUAGCAAUGUAGAUUACUAUGAACGCUUAAUUAAAGCGGUUUUUUUUUUUUUUUUUUAAAUACAAAUUAUUGACAUCUUGCUGUUUGUUUUGAUUGCCGCUCAUCAUGAUUGGAGCUAGGUGAGCAGAUUUUUGUUACUUAUACUAUACUGUUGAAUGUUUGCGAAUUAUUUGCAAGUGAUAGAGCUCUUUUCAAUGAUUAAUACAAGAUCUUUGUUAAUACGCAGCGUUAUCUCCUGACGGCGCACUCUGAGAUAACUGAUGAGUUGUGUUUGAAUAAAAUUGUGAAAUUGCCAUGUAUUCUUGUUGCAAAAUAAAUGCUGAGAAAUAUAAGAUGCCAUGCGUUUGAGGCAACAACUUUGAUAUCUUUGGGCCUAUAAAAAGACAGACACCAAUGGUUUAAAAUGUUUUUUUUUCCUACCGACCUACCCAUUUUAAUUUUUUAUUUUUUUAUUUUACCAAACAUGGCCAACACAAGAAUUUUCUCUGUUAUUUUGGAGUAAUUAAACUAUUUACCCAAAUUAGGUACAUUAAACAAUAAUAAUUGGUAACUUCAUGUAGACACAAGAAAGCAUUUAUUGUGUAACAACUAAGCCAUAUUAAGACCUCAGCAGUGGCGUAUCUAGAAGUCUUAAAAUGGGGGUGCUGAUGGGAGGGUGGGGCGCGCGAAGAUGAAGUGGGGACCUCUCGAUGAUCAGUUGAGGGACGUUAAUUCGCAAAGUAAAGUGAUUUUUAACUACUUAACUGUGAUUUUUGGGGUGGGGGCGACGAGUGUUAUAUUUCUUUUUUUUGUGGUCGGGGGUGGGGGCACACCCCUAGAUCCGCCACUGCACCUCAGCUAAACAUUAAUAGUAGGACUGCAAGGAACCAUAGCGACGUAUAUUCGUCUUAUCCCUUAGCAUACAUGUAAUUCUUGAACUGACAACUCACUAUGUAUUUGUACCUGAUGAGUGUGGGCAGCUUUUGAAGGCUGUCCAUAUGAAACAAAUUUGUAGUAAUAAAAUACAUAUGGAAUUCUUCUAA